GGUUCGGCCAGUCGGGCGCUUCCUGCCGGAAGGGACUCUGUAGAGGGGUGGGGGGACUGAAGGGAAGUCCCGCCUUCGCCGCGCCGCCGACUCUGCGAACGCCGCCUAGCACCUGGCCUGGUCCUGGAGGGGCCGGCAGGUGAGGGCCUCGGUGUGCCGAUACCCGGGUUUCGACUAUGCAAGAUCUGAUUCUGGAGCUGCCAUGAUUGAAGUGGUAGCAGAGCUGAGCCGGGGUCCUGUAUUUCUGGCGGGGGAGGCGCUGGAGUGUGUGGUGACCGUCACCAACCCCCUGCCCCCUACGGCCACUUCUGCAUCCAGUGAGGCUCUGGCCUGGGCCAGUGCCCAGAUCCACUGCCAGUUUCAUGCCAGCGAGAGUCGGGUGGCACUGCCUCCCCCUGACUCUAGUCAGCCAGAUGUCCAGCCUGACAGCCAGACUGUCUUUCUGCCACACCGAGGUGAGAGGGGUCAGUGUAUCCUUUCUACUCCACCAAAAAUUCUAUUCUGUGACCUGAGGCUAGACCCUGGAGAGUCCAAAUCAUACUCCUACAGUGAAGUGCUGCCCAUAGAGGGACCACCCUCCUUUCGGGGUCAGUCAGUCAAGUAUGUCUACAAAUUGACCAUUGGCUGCCAGCGUGUCAACUCACCCAUCACUUUACUCAGGGUUCCUUUGAGGGUUCUUGUGCUGACUGGCCUUCAGGAUGUCCGCUUUCCCCAGGAUGAGGCUGUAGCCCCAUCCAGUCCAUUCUUGGAGGAGGACGAAGGUGGGAAGAAGGAUUCAUGGCUAGCUGAGCUAGCUGGGGAGCGCCUCAUGGCUGCCACAUCCUGCCGCAGCCUACAUCUAUAUAAUAUCAGUGAUGGCCAAGGGAAAGUUGGGACAUUUGGCAUCUUCAAAUCUGUGUACAGACUCGGCGAGGACGUGGUGGGGACCUUAAACUUAGGGGAAGGAACCGUAGCUUGUUUGCAGUUUUCAGUAAGCUUACAGACUGAGGAGCGUGUACAGCCUGAGUACCAGCGGCGCCGUGGGACAGGGGGUGUCCCCUCUGUGUCCCAUGUGACUCAUGCCCGGCACCAGGAGUCCUGCCUACAUACAACCAGAACCAGCUUCUCCCUCCCUAUCCCUCUCAGCUCCACCCCAGGCUUUUGCACAGCCAUUGUGUCCCUGAAGUGGCGAUUGCAUUUUGAAUUUGUAACAUCCCGAGAACCAGGAUUGGUACUCCUACCCCCUGUGGAACAGCCCGAACCUACCACCUGGACAGGUCCUGAGCAAGUGCCUGUAGAUACCUUCAGCUGGGACCUCCCCAUCAAGGUCCUGCCUACAAGCCCCACCCUGGCCUCCUAUGCUGCCCCAGGCCCCAGCACCAGCACCAUCACCAUCUGAAACUGGCCUGCUUGCCCACCCUGGCACUAGUUUUUUCACUAUACUGAGAACUCAGCACCUGAACCCUAGUAGUACUUUUUCUACUUUGGGCCCAAUGGCAUGUAUAAUGAGAGGCAGGGUUUCAGCUGUAGCAUUAAUUUAUUUAUUCAGAAUAAAUUGGCAGCCGCUAGUGGUUUCCCUGGAAGUGGCAGCAGCAGUGAGCAGUCAGCAGACGGGUGAUCAGUUGAGUUUAGCUGGAGUGGGGAGCAGGAGCCCCAGGAACAGGGGUGUUGGCUGAGCCCCACUCCGGGUCAGGCCCUCCCCCUUUGCAGGGCAGCCGAGGGUCAGAUUUUUGCACCAGGGAGAACUGGCAGGUUCCUGCCUCCUGACGUACCUCACACCCAGCAGGGAAGUCAAUGGGAUGCUGGGACCUGGGGAACGAACCAAGGAUGGGGAAGAAGUCAGCACAGUGAAAGGCCAUCUUCAUCCCUGCCCCACAUUUCCUCUCUCACAGCCUCCUCAUAUCCUCCUUUAGUGUCUCCUUGGUCCCCCUAACUAAGCUCUAACCUACCAUAUAGGACUUUUUGCUUCAUAACAGGAGUAUUUUCCCUCCAGAUCCCCCCAACCUCCCUUGCUUUGUAGCAUGAAGCCUUAUUUUUCACACUCUUGUUGGUACCUUCAGCCUGGCCAGUCUCAUACUGCUCCUCUGUUCAUUCACAUCAUAGCAAUCUAGUUACUCCCUGGUCAUCCCUCAGUCAUUCACACCUGAGUCAUUCCCUCUGUCCAUCCUUGGUCACUCACGUGUCACAGCAGCCCACACCAACAGGAUGCAGACAGGUGCAAUGGAAACAGUCCUUGCGGAGCCAAGACUCACCCAGGGUAAAGUAUUUCCCCUCAUAGUGACAGGGGGCUAGGGAAGAAUAGGAAAUGUUAGUAGGUAUGGGAGUGGUGGUGGCAGGCAGAAUCUCGUCUGGGCUGGGAGGGUGUAAGUGCACACUACCCCGAUAUUUAGUCUUUCCUGUUUCACAGCUGGAGGGAAUCUGGGUAUUCUGACACAGGAUCAUCUCUAAGCACACCCCCUUCCUCAUCCCUUCCUAACGUCUCACCCCACUUUACCUUGAGCUUGGAAGUAGCACUUGCUGUGGACUCCUGGGUGCUGGAGGAGUAGAGACAUCACCAAGCAGAUGAUUCCCCAGCCACCUAGGAUCCCCUUGGCCUGUCCAGCCCAGAGUAUCGGUAGGGCCAUUUCUGCUGCACAGCCCUCUCGAACCCUUCUUGGCUUCUGUUCAGACUA